CCCACUGGCUCACUCUGCUUCCGCUCUCCUCAUCCUCUCUGCCACUAACCACCUCCCUCCUCCCUCCCCUCCCCCGUUUCGCUUUCCCCCGCGACCGAAUCUCCAGCGGCGCCGUCCCCCUUCGGCCCCAAUGGUGAACCCGCCGGAGCUCUACCACCGGAUCCUCGACGUCCCCAGGGGCACCUCGUCGCAGGGGCUCCGCGCCGCGUACAAGGGCCUCGCCAGGAAAUGGCACCCCGACAAGCACCCGCCGGCCUCCAAGCCCGAGGCCGAGGCGCGCUUCAAGGCCAUCACCGAGGCCUACGAGGCGCUCCUGGACCAGCAGGAGAACAGGGCGGUGUUCGGGGUGUGCAACGACGAUCGGGCGGCCGAGAUGUUCGGGACGUUCGGCGCGGGCGGGGGCGGGGGCGGCGCGCGCAUGGCGAGGACGCGCAGCGACGACUUCUGCAUGCGGAGCGCGCCCGCCACGCCGGCCAGGGAGUUCACCAAGGUCUACAGCUCCGGCAACACGGGCGGGCGCCGCGCCUUCGCCGAGUUCUCCAGCUCCAUCAUGCGCAAGGCGCCGCCGCUGGAGCGCGCCCUCGAGUGCACGCUGGAGGAGCUCUGCCGCGGCUGCAAGAAGCAGGUCAAGUUCACCCGCGACGUCGUCACCAAGAACGGGUCAAUAGUUAAGAAGGAGGUGACCCAGGCGAUCAUGGUGAAGCCGGGGUGGAGGAAGGGGCACAAGGUCACCUUGGACGGCAUGGGGGACGAGAGGCCGGGGUGCCUGCCGGCCGACGCCGUCUUCACCGUGGCCGAGAAGAAGCACUCGAUGUUCAAGAGGGUGGGCGACGACCUGGUGCUCAAGGCCAAGGUGCCGCUGGUGAACGCGCUCACCGGCUGGUCCUUCUCAUUCAGGCUCCUGAGCGGCAAGAAGGUGAGCUGCAAGUUCGACGACGAGGUCAUCUGCCCGGGGUACGAGAAGGUGAUCAAAGGCGAAGGGAUGCCGAUCGCCGAGCAGAGAGGCGCGCGGGGCGACCUACGGGUGAAGCUCGAGAUCGUCUUCCCGGAGCAGCUCACCGACGAGCAGCGUGCCGGCCUCGCUGAGAUCCUGAAGGACUGCACCUGAGUGAGUCUGCAAUGUUGUUGCUAGGCCCAGCUGUAUGUAUAAGUUUUCCCGGCCGUGCUGUUAAUACCUCUCCAGAGGGUGUGAGUACAUAAAGAGAUGGGUCCUUGUACAUACAGUUCAGUUUUUCUCUCUCUCUAUAUAUGAUAUAUGAUGAAACGUGAGGCAAGCAUUAUGUGGAUAGUAUAGUAAAUGUUUGGUCCA